AUGGUGAAGGCUCGCAAAUAUGUUGUGAAAAAAUACUUCGAGGGCGUCCCGAAGCGCGAUGAUUUCGAAAUAGUGGAAUACGAAUUACCACAGAUUAAAAAUGAAGAAAUUCUAGUAAAAACCGAAUGGGUAAGUGUCGACCCUUACCAAAGAGCGUAUAAUAGGAGAUUUCCCGUUCCAUACGAUCAAUUUGGUUUCCAAGUUGGAAUAGUCGAAGACACUAGGAACCCCAGGUUUCCAGUCGGAACGAGAGUGGUGACACACAAAGGCUGGUGUGAUUACAGUAUCGUCAACCCCAAUGAAAAUACAGUAAUGGCCAAAGGAGCGUAUAAACUACCUGACUUAAAAGGCUUGUCACCAUCGCUAGGUCUAAGUAUCACGAGCAUGACGGGUGCUACAGCCUAUUUCGGAUUUCUUGAAAUCUGCCAACCUAAAGCAGGUGAAACGGUUGCUAUAACUGGUGCAGCCGGGGCAGUAGGAUCACUGGUGGGACAAAUAGCUAAAAUAAAGGGGUGCAAAGUGAUUGGAUUCGCUGGGUCCGAUGAAAAGGUCCAAUGGCUGCAGAACACAUUGGGUUUUGACAAAGCAUACAAUUACAAAACAGUGAACGUGCACGAAACUCUGAAAGUGGCGGCUCCCAACGGCAUUGAUUGUUAUUUCGAUAAUGUUGGUGGUGAGAUCAGCAGUAUUAUUAUAAGUCAUAUGAACAACUUCGGAAGAGUAUCCGUUUGUGGAAGUAUUAGCGCGUACAAUGAUGAUGUGACUCAGCUGCCAAGAGUACCUCUUCUUCAAUUCGACAUUGUGUCAAAACAGCUAAAGAUCCAAGGGUUUCUGAUACACUUCUGGCUUGAUAGGUGGCAUGAGGCAUUCGCUGACCUCACCAAGUGGCUUCUAGAGGGAAAAUUGCAGAUGAAAGAACAUACAACAGAAGGUUUUGAUAAAAUAUACGAUGCCUUUGUGGGAAUGCUAGCAGGCGAAAACACCGGCAAAGCAAUUGUAAAGAUAUAA